UCUCCACCCCCAGAAAAUAUGGCUGAAGUUCGGGCGGGCUCUGGGAAGGUGACUCUGUUCCACCAAGAAGCGCCCGGGGGCCUCACCUACCGCAUCCCAGCCCUGCUCUACCUGUGCGACGAGUCCGUUUUCCUGGCCUUUGCGGAGAAGCGGUCCUCAGCCAAAGACGAACAUGCCAAGUACCUGGUGAUGAGAAGAGGGCAGAAGGAAGGGAUGUCUGUCCAGUGGAGCCCUGAGGAGCCUCUGAUGACUGCCAUUUUGCCUGGCCAUCGCACCAUGAACCCUUGCCCUGUGUACGAGAAGAAGAACGGGAGAGUUUUCCUGUUCUUUAUCUGCGUCCAGACACAUGUCACGGAAUGGCACCAGAUCAAGUUGGGGAGGAACGCCGCCAGGCUGUGCUACGUCUCCAGCCAAAAUGGUGGCCACACCUGGAGCCAGUUGACGGAUUUGACCCGUGAGGUGAUCGGAGAUGACUUGAGAAACUGGGCCACCUUUGCCGUUGGGCCAGGUCAUGGGUUGCAGAUGAGUUCUGGACGCCUGGUGAUUCCAGCAUACGCCUACUACAUCCGCAGGAAUUGCUUCUCCACCUCCGCUGCUAACUGUGCACGGCCACAUUCCUUGAUUUUCUACAGUGAUGACCACGGGCAGAACUGGGCCCGGGGCCAGCUCCUGAAGAACCUGCGGACAAUCGAAUGCCAGGUCGCUGAGGUGGCCCGCCAAGACAACAUCCAAGUGUUAUACUGCAACUCCCGCAGUCCGGACAAGUAUAGGGUUGAGGCCUUCAGCAUGGACAACGGAGGCCAUUUCGAGGAAUCCUUCCUAUGCAAGGAGUUGCCGGAGACAGGAGGCGGUUGCCAGGGCAGCGUGGUGAGUUUCACCCCAGUGAUGAAGCCCUUGGAGCCAGGCCGAAGAGAAAAUACAGCCGCGUCAUCUCACUUUCUGGGCAGUCACCACUCGGCCGCUCUGAAGACCACCAAGACCUGGAUGGUUUUCUCCCACCCCACAAGCAGACACAAGCGAGUCAACCUGGGCAUCUACCUCAACACCUCCCCACUGGCAAAGAGCAGCUGGACGGCCCCCUGGGUGAUCUACGACGGGCCCUGUGGCUACUCGGACCUGGUCGUGUGCGAGGAGGGCCAUUUGCUGCUCUUUGGAUGCCUGUUUGAAUGCGGCGUGUCCAGCGAAUGUGAGGAAAUCGCCUUCCAGCUCUUCACUGACAUGGAGCUCCUGAGGAACGUGAGGGAAGCCUGA